AUGAACGCACACGGACGUGUCGGUCUCAAUGACCUGCCGUUGGAGCUGCAACAGCGUAUAUGCCGCAAUCUUCCAGGUCGCGAUCUCAAGCAGCUUCGACUCGUCUCCAGACACUACGCGAGUGCAGCGGCCCGCGACCUUCCAAUAAUCAUCCAUCUCUUCGACGAACCGCAAAGUUGCCGCGACGCUUUGGAAAUUGCACGUCACCCCGACCUGCACAUUGCAGUCACUGCUGUGGCCGUCGAUGUCUCGAGGAUCAAGAAUCAUAAGUGCUUUAGUUCUUGGAUCAGGAGUAUUCCGUGGGAGUUGGCGUGCUACCAGGAAGAUCCUUCAUCUGCCACUGUUUUGCUCGAAACCUUGACCGAGUUGCUCUCUACUUGCCCCAGGCUCAGGGAAAUAAUCAUCACCAACGUCUAUGGCGCAGCCUUUGCAUUACCUUAUACACGCCAGAAGUGUUACACCAAGUUCUCCCCGUUCUUGGAGCCGUACAGCUCCAAGUCUCCAAGAAGCAGGUUUUCCCUCCAGCAGAUCCUGAACUGUUUGGGGCCCUCUGAGAGUCUCACGUCGCUUACCGUCAUGCCCGCCUGCUUCAACAAUACCCCCGAUGUACCUACCAACGUCUCUUCCGAGAACUUGGCAUUCUUGGAGUCGCUUAAGUACUUUCAAUGUCUGUCCCAAGAAGACAAAGCCUUUGCCGUGCUCCUUCCCAUUCUGGCAUCUGCUAAGCAUCUUGCAUGGCUCGCAGUCCGCGAAUUUGCGCGCUACACACCUUCUCUAUCUUUUCCAUCUAGAACUGAACUUUUCGACACUAUCCGUUCCGACAGCCUCGAAUACAUCAACGUAGACGGCUGCCAGGCCACCCCUGACUCUUUCCGGGACUUCCUUUUGCAUCAUGCACCUAACCUCAAGAUAAUCGGCACGAAGAAAACGAGGCUGGUCAUACCCGCAGUCUCCAUUGAUGUGGCAUGGAGGGAUCUGGCUUCGGAUCUGGCUGGCAGAUUUCCCAAGCUGGAUUACCUGGCUCUGGAACACCCUGACGCUGUCGGCCUACGUUUCAGCGGGUGGACGAGAGGACAAGUGUGUGAUAGAUUUAGACAUACGGUCAUGGGUAGGCUUGCUCAGGAAAGACCUAUACUUGAGCUAGAAGAGGCCCUGAGGGACGAGUACAGAAUCGAGGCCUAACAUGUCUCAUGUCCAGCCAUACUCGCGAACACACCUAGAAAUAUCUGGCCUGCAGAAAGGCACAAUAUCCCUCAGAUUGGUACAGUCGUCCGGAGAGAAGGCAUCCAUUAUUACGCUCUCAGUGGAGGCCACCGACGAUCUGACAGGGAUCGUGCAAUUCUGCAGCCUGCGAACAUGGUAAGCCUGCGCAGGAGGGGAACGGUUUGAAGGAAAGAUUGGGAAGAAGAUGAGACGAACGAAGAGCCCGUAACCUCAAAACUUCAUAGGGCAAAGAAUUCAAAAUUGGCUUUCCCAAC